AUGGCAUAUCAGAAUGCUCCGCCAGCGAAAACUCACUACGUUCUGCCUCAAGAUGAUAAAGAAUUCAACCGACUGGACCUCCAGCAUGAGAUGCUCAAGAUCGGAUUCAACGGCCUAAACGUAUGUAAUGAGCUCGUCAACUCGGUGCUCACCAACCGCAUGGGAGAGGAGCUUCAAGUUUUGGAUCUGGGCUCUGGAUCCGGAUCAUGGGCCAUAGAGAUGGCUCGCCAAUAUCCCUACGUGAAGGUCCAUGGCCUCGACCUAAAACCACGCGAGCACGAAGAAACUUUACCAAGUAAUUGCGACUUUGAGGUCUGGGAUAUAAACGAUGGCUUGGACCACCACUAUAGACAAUUCGAUUUUGUCCAUUGCCGAUUUACCGAAACAGGGUUUAAAGAUCACAAGCGCGCGAUGACCGAGAUUGAGCGAUGCCUGAAGCCUGGUGGCCUGCUCAUGUUUAUCAUUGCGACUAUUCCUGUCACAGAAGAAAGGAAUACCCCAUAUAUGCCGUACAUGUCAACUCAAACUGACGGCUCCUGGCUUCAACGGGCGAUCAUUGCACAACGCGUUGGCAUCCGGAACAUGGGUUCGGAUCCUUACACAGCAGCUCAAGAAGUAGACACCGGUCUUUGGAAGCACGAGCUCAUUGAGCCUGCGACGUGCGGGGCAGCGUUAUUCACCUUUCCUGUGGGUCCUUGGGCAACAUCUUCCGAUCCUGCAGAAGCUGAACGACUUCGCACACUGGGAGAACUCAACAAGAGAAACAUACUUAUCGUUCAUCACCACUGGAGAGCCCUCUUCGACCAUUCCAAGAGGUCUGAAAAGGAGUGGAAAAUUCUGAUCGAGAACACCGAAAGAGAACUCCACACGGACGAACACCACUUGUCUAUUCGCGUACGAGCGUUAUGGGGAAGACGUGUGAACACGGAGUCUCCUCCAUCUCCGUAUCAUGCACCGAAUGACAACAAGUCAUCUUUCACGGGAUUUCGACUCGCUUCCUUUUACGAUUCCGAAGAGGAAUGGCUGCGCCUUUCUGAAGAAUACAACUCGAGGUUAACUCCAGAGAUGCGGGCCCUAAUGACUAUUCCCAAUUACGACCCAUUGGAAUAG